UGUCACAAUCGCACCCUUUAUUUUGCAGUUUAUGGUGAAAGCACCCACCAAAUUGUAAAUGUGAACUGAGUCUUUUUCCUCUUGUGCGCCGAAAACAUCAGUUACUUUAUUAACUCGUUAUCCGGAUAAUCAUGGAUGACACUCUGGAAAUCUGCGUCGAGAGUAACGAAUUCGACGCGGAGGAGGAAGAGUUGAUUCAACUAAUUCCAUCGAGUUCGGUCGCGGAGUCUUCGCAUGUGUCGUCGGGCAGUCGUACCCCUUCCGCCGUGCGCUCUGUGAAUUCCGACAGCCGGAACUGUUCGGACGACGAAUCUGACGGCGAUCACCGACCGAGUCGAAAGCGCAGAAAAGCCAUUAUUGCCAAGGAAAAAACGGAAUCCUCCUCCGUUCGUGACAACGAUGGACGUAAUUCACUGAAUUCAGCUGUGGAAAUAUCAGCAGCAGCGCAUCCCAGUGGAGAGCAACCUGCAUCUAAUCACCAAUCCAAACGUUCGCAUAAUUUCAAGCGGCCAUCCGACAGGAAGCCGAUUCCAACCGGAAACGGCCCAAUGACCAUUCAUAUUAAUAAGCAUUUCCGAGGAACCGUUCAGUCAGCGCCUGGGACUUGUCUUGCUUGGGAUCCACUUGCUACCGGUGGUAAUUUCCGUGGUGCCAGUAUGUUAAAUGGCAGUGUUUUACCGGGAGUCAAGCCUUUUGGAAGCCUGGCGGAAGGUUCUUGUUCGCCGGUGUUAGCUGGGCUUCCUUUUGUUCGUCCCGUAAUACCGUUACCUGGUGUUGUCGCUCCCGUGCUACCUCUGCCGCCGUUGCAUUUCCGCCCUGAGCUGGUGGGAAUGCGACCCAAAAUGCCACUUGUAUCUUUUGGACGAAUGCUGCCAGUUCCUGGCAGUAUGGGGCCACCAAUUCCUCCUUUGCCUUUGAACAUGAGGAAUAUGGCACGAUUAAGGAACAACGCGGAAAUCAACCAGCAAUAUUUGGCACGGAAUUUUGAUCCGCAUACGUUCCAGAUGAAAAGAAACAGAAAGAAUUGAUCCGUGUAAUUUAAAAGUUUUUGUAGUCGUUCUUCGCUGUUAAUUUUUCUUAUUUUUGUUUCGUCGCAAACGGUCGCAAACGGUUUUUGCUUACUGUCUUUGUAAGCUAAAUGAUGAAAGAUUUUGGAUUUUAUUAAUGUUACACUUAUACUCUCAUAAUCUCUCAUGUUAAUUUUUGAAAAUGUUAUGUUAUUGCUUUUAAUGACGUUCGCGUGUGUUCCGAAUUAAAAAUAAUUUCCUGUUUGAUUAUUUUAAUAAAUAGUGUGAAGGCAUUUG